UACGUCAGGAUGGGUACAAUUAUGCCCGACUAUACCAGACUGAGUGACCGACCACUUGCUCCUUCAGGCGGCAAAAGCCUACGAUUAGCAGCCCUGAAUGCGCCCCUCGACGGCAACAUGGGCGGUCUCCGGCGCGCAGACCGGCGAUGCUUCCGGCAGUCCCGACAAGCGGGUCUUCGGGGCACCUUCAGGGCCCUCCUCACCUCCAACACGCAGGACCUGAACUCCAUCGUGCGUCGCCAGGACAGGCACCUCCCCAUCAUCAAUCUCAAGGAUGAGAAACUGUUCGAAAGCUGGGACAGCAUCUUCAGCGGGACUCAGGCCAUCUUCGCCAGAAGACCCAGUCUCAUCAGCUUCGGUGGCGACAACGUGAUGGAAAGCUCCAUUUGGCCAUCGAAGCACGUCUGGCACGGCUCCGGAGUGACGGGGAACCGGUCCGCGAUCGCCUGCGACGGAUGGACGAGUAACGGCAGGUUGAACCGAGGCCUAACGUCUUCGCUCGAGUUGUACAGACUUCUCGGACAGGACACCCAUUCUUGCGAGAGACAGCUAGUCGUGUUGUGCAUUGAAGUCACCACUGAACGUUAAAUGUUAUUAUUAACAUCAUUGGUAUCGUUAUCAUUAAUUCAAAACUAUAUGCCAAGUGCCCAACCGUGUGACGUAGAAAGUAACUCAGGUCAGCCUUGCCAGUGUUAGUUAAUUUGUAGCUGUGCAUCAUUAUACAAUAGAAAAGCUGAAACCACAGUG